AUGGCAGUAAACGACAAUAAUGCCUCGGGGGAUGCCCAUAAACCCCGGUCAAAGAAGCAACCCCCACCACCUCCCUUCUACAUCCCCCUCAACAUCGCCCUCUACCUAUUCCUAGCUGCCAACACUUUCGCCGCAAUAUUCUCUCCAAUUCAAGACUGUGAUGAGGUUUUCAAUUUCUGGGAACCUGCACAUUACCUUCAACAUGGAUAUGGUCUUCAAACAUGGGAAUAUUCACCGGUUUAUUCUAUCCGGAGCUGGCUCUACGUGUCACUCCAUGCUGCUGCAGGCAAGAUCGGGUCUUUGGUGGUCCACAGCAAGACAGCUGAAUUCUAUACAAUUCGCCUAUCUCUUGCAUUUUUGUGCGCUGCCUGUCAGACUCGACUAUACUCUGCGAUCUGUCGUACACUGAGCCCCCGCAUCGGUCUCUUGUUUAUGAUGAUCGUCACACUCAGCCCUGGCAUGUUUCAUGCUUCGACUGCCUUUUUGCCCUCAACUUUUACCAUGUAUAUGUCUAUGCUUGGUUUGGCUUCCUUCUUGGAUUGGAAAAAUAGCCGGAAAACAGCUCAGGGAAUCAUGUGGUUUGGGCUGGGGACAAUCGUUGGGUGGCCAUUUGCCGGUGCUCUCAUUGUCCCUCUUUUGGCCGAGGAAGCUAUCGUUAGUAUACUGUCUGGGUCUCUUGGCUCACUAUUGUACAAUGUCUUCGAUGGUAUCAUUCGCUGUCUGUCAAUUCUGGCUCUUGAAAUUGCAAUUGACUAUGCUUUCUUCCGAAAGCUCGUUCUUGUGCCUUGGAACAUUGUUGCAUACAAUAUCCUGGGGGGAGAAGGUAAGGGACCGGAGAUUUUUGGAACUGAGCCGUGGACUUUCUAUAUUAGAAAUCUCUUGCUCAACUUCAAUGUCUGGUUUGUCCUUGCCAUGAUGUCCGCGCCUGUGCUGCUUUUCCAAAUUGUCUUUCGAUCGCAUACCACCUCCUUGCAAACCUCAUUGCGAUCCAUGGCCCUAGUCGCUCCCUUCUAUAUGUGGUUCGGAAUUUUCUCGGUCCAGCCACACAAGGAGGAGCGGUUUAUGUACCCAUCAUACCCGUUUUUGGCACUCAGCGCAGCUUUGAGCUUACAUAUAAUCCUGACCUACCUUGGCUCUACUAACCAGAAGGAACUGAUCGGCCGCGUACCAACUAAACUAAAGAUUGCUGUGGCCAUGUCGGUUGUUCUAGUCGCUCUGAACGCCGGCAUGCUGCGCACUCUAGGGAUGGUCACGGCUUAUAACGCUCCAUUGAAGGUGUUCGAGCCCCUACAACAUGUGGAUAUCGCGCAUGCGGGAGACUCGGUGUGUUUCGGCAAAGAGUGGUAUCGCUUCCCAUCAUCAUAUUUCCUUCCCAACAAUAUGCGCGCCAAGUUCAUCCGAAGUGAAUUCCGAGGACUACUUCCGGGCGAGUUCCCAGAUUCGCCGAGUUAUCUUGGGCGUCUGGAUGGUGCCUCACAGAUUCCAUCUGGCAUGAAUGAUCUCAACAUUGAGGACCCUGGCAAAUACGUUGAUAUCUCUCAAUGUUCUUUCCUAGUUGACUCUUACUUCCCUGGCCACGAUGCAACCGAACUAGAGCCCCAUUACCUCUUGGACAAGGCGCAGUGGGAAACACUUUCCUGCGCGAGCUUCCUCGAUGCGUCUCAAACAGAAUGGACUCCAUCGGACUUCAAACGGCCAACGGCGUCCCCAUAUCCAGGAUGGGAUGCCCAUUCGACAAAGCCAAUUCCCUACCGACCCUUCAGAUAUGGCCCGAAAUACUAUAUCACGCUGGGUCUAAGGAGUAUGAAAUGGGACGAAUGGAUCGAGCUCGACAACCACUAUUUGAAAUACCACGCCGACAAAGCACGCCGCAUCGAAGAGCGCGGGAGUAAAUGUUGCCAUACAGCACCGGAGGCAAUGGAUGCGGCAAUCGAGUUACUCGAAGAACUAUGCACCUACCUUCCCGAAAGAUACCCAAGCAUGUUCACCAAAACCGCAACGGGAAUAAGCAAUAAAGUAACCAACGAAACCUUCAACAUAACCCAACGUCCACUCCCCGAGGAUCCAAUGGCAACAGCAGCACGACUGGUCCAAGAUGACCUAGCCCUAAUGAUUGAACGUCCAGACGGCGAAUACUAUCUGCUCGCAGGGGCGAUUCUGCUAGCCGGGUUCUGGCGACUGAGUGAUAAAUUCGGGAUGCGAUUGUCUGACAUCCACACAUCCGGUGACGUACCGCAGUUCAAGAGCAAGCUCGAGAAAGGAAUGAUGAAUUUCUUCCGACGACUACGACCUGAAGAGCCUGUUCUUCGGAAUAACUAUUUCAUCCAGGUUGAUGAUAACCUGGCGUGGUCUGAUAGUAUUGGGUCCGAGGAUACGGAGACUGUAUCGUGGGAUACGGCGGAGAAGAACCGGGCUAUUGAAAAUCAUUUCUUUCGUUCGGAGAGACAGUCGCUGAGGAGAUUACCUAGAUCUGGAGCUGUGGUUUUUACAAUUCGGACUUAUUUUGAACCUGUUACCCGUAUCGUCGAGGAACCUUAUGUUCCUGGGCGUUUAGCGGACGCGAUUAGGAGUUGGGGGGAUGAUGUUAGUCGGUAUAAGGGGAAGGAGAAGUAUCAGGAUGUUUUGUUGGAGUUUUUGGAUGAGAAGCAUAGAAUGCAGGUUGAGGGUGGGUUGGAGAUUGAGAGGGAGGAUGAAGUUAGAAGUUAUCCUCUUUGA